AUGCCAGAAGCAAAAAGUGCACAGAAUAGUAUUCUCAACAAUACCACCGCAUCAAAUGCGAAAGAACCCUUUGUAAUAUCAAAUGAAGUGAAGGAAAGAAACAAACUAAGGAAUAUCAUUACUACGCAGACGGAUUCCAAUACCAGUUCUACACAGUUGUCACCACCAUCAGCGAUGACCCCAUCUGUUUCAUUUUGUAUAAAUAAGAAUGAAGCAAUUUCUCAUCACAGACAUUCAAUCUCCACAGUACCAAAAAAGUCAAAAGAAUCUAGUCCUCCGGUCUCUCCAGAGACAGAACUGGAAGAGAAGAAUUGUACCGUUCAUAUGCCAGGUGAUUUCGUUUAUUUGAAUAAAAAGAAGGAAGCGUCUCCACAGUUAAAUGAAGAUUCGACUAAUAAAGUCAUUUUCAAGAAAAAAAAUAUUAUAGCAGAACCUAUGAUCCCAUUCACGGAAUUUUUCGAACAACAGGAUGAUAAGAAAUUUCAUAUUCUAUUGGGUGCAACUGGAUCUGUAGCUACUAUAAAGAUACCAUUAAUAAUUGAUAAAUUGUUCAAAAUAUAUUCUCCAGAAAAGAUAUCCAUACAGCUGAUAGUCACAAAACCUGCCGAACAUUUCCUAAAUGGAUUAAAGAUAUCGUCAAAAGUAAAAAUUUGGAGAGAGGAAGAUUCAAUAUCAGAUUGUAAUGGCGAAUUAAUGUUAUUCCAUGAAUUGAAAAGAUGGGCAGAUAUCUUUUUAAUUGCACCUUUAUCUGCAAACACAUUGGCCAAAUUGGCUAAUGGUAUCUGUAACAAUUUAUUAACAUCUGUAAUCAGAGACUGGAAUGACUAUUCGCCAAUUUUAGUGGCUCCUGCAAUGAAUACAUUCAUGUACAUCAAUCCAAUGACAAGGAAACAUUUGAAUAUUCUUAAAGAAAAUUUCCCAUUCAUAGAAAUUUUAAAACCAGUAGAGAAAGUACUUAUCUGUGGUGAUAUUGGUAUGGGUGGCAUGAGGGAAUGGAGUGAUAUCGUAGAAAUACUGAGAUACAAGAUCAAAGAAAUACAUAAACUACGCAAUGAAAUGACUACAGACAAUGAAGAUAAAGAAGAUGCAAAGGAGAAGAAAAUGCUAGAAAACGAGGAAGAAGACGAUGACGGAGAUGAAGAUGACGAUGAAGAUGACGAUGAAGAUGACGAUGAAGAUGAUGAAGACGAAGAUGAUGAAGAAGAAGAAGAUGAUGAUGAUGACGAUGAAAAAGAUGAUGGGGACGAAACUGACCCUUCAUCUAAUAGCAUAUCUGACUCGGACGAUAAUGAAGACGAAGACAUCGAACAGAAACCACAUUAA